CAAUUUAUUUAGAUUGCAAAACCAUGGUUCUGCACAACCAUUGCACACUUCGAAUUAAAAUUGGUUUAAAAACUCUACUCUAAUCAUCGAUGCAGAGCAGUAAUAAGAUACUAGCGUAAGGGAAAGCAGUUCUAAUAUCGCCCUAUAUUGUGUAUAAAGUUGAACAGUGCACCAUGGCGACAUUCGUUAGUUUUGUUACUAAAAACUAUAAUGAUUUAUUUUUUAAGCGAAGAGACGAACGUAGCGUUCACCUUCCCUUGGCUGGAUCGCCUUUAUUCAUCAUAGGUAUUGUUUGUACAUAUUUAUGCUUCGUCCUACAGUAUGGACCGCGGCACAUGUUAAAUCGAAAACCAUAUAAUGUUCUGAACAUGAUUAAGAUCUACAAUCUAAUUCAAAUGAUUGCUAAUAUUACGCUAUUUCUACAUAUUUGUUAUAACGUAUUCCUAUUGUACGAUAAUUUUUCAUUCCGUUGUCAACCGAUCGACUACUCAAUAUCUAGAGUAGGGAUGGAUGAAGUGUACUUUAGCUACGCUUAUUUCUUACUCAAGCUGCUCGACUUAGCCGAUACGGUGUUUUUUGUCUUAAGAAAAAAACAGUCCCAUGUUUCAUUUUUACAUGUCUAUCAUCAUUCAUUUAUGGUACUUACUACAUAUUGUGCUCUAGUAUUCGUUCCAGGAGGUCAUGUUUUGCUGCUAGGUCUUUGGAAUACACUAGUUCAUGCAAUAAUGUAUUUUUAUUAUUUUCUUUCAUCGCUAGGAGCACAAAACCAUAGCAUAUGGUGGAAAAAAUACCUAACUAGAUUGCAGUUAAUUCAGUUUAUUCACCUAGCUUUUCAUUUUGGACGCCCUUUACUCAGUGGCAAUUGUAAUUUUCCGAAAUUUUGGCUUUGGUAUGGCUUUUUACAAGCAAUUUUUGUACUUGGAUUAUUUUUGGACUUUUAUAUCAAGACUUACAAUAAAACAGAUAAAUCUAUAACAAGUCAGCGUCAUUGUGAAAAAAACGCAAAAUAGAAUAGAAAAAAGACUGCUACGAAAAUAUCGUUGUUUAACCGAUGCAAUAGGCCUUACACAAAAAGCUUCCUGAAUCACUAGCUGAAAGAUAGAUAUGUAUAAUAUAUUACCAAUGCCAUCAUCCAUAUAUUAAAUUCAGUACAUAUUGCUCUCAAACUGUAUACAUUGUACGGAAGUAUAUACACAUACGGUCUUGGUAGGCCUCCUUCAUACUGAAACAAUAUGCUUUCUGCUCAGCUCUGGAACAAAGCGUUAUACUAAUUUCUUGAUUUUUUUCUGUAGUGAGACAUAAUAUGUAAAAUAUUGUCAAUAUUAUUUGGUUUUAAGAAGCAAAAUACAAUUUGAGGACAUUAUUAAUUUUUUAA